AUGGGCAGGCGUAGCCGCGUAGGUCUUAAGCUUUUAUAUCAUUCUUUCGUCAAAUCAACGCUAACUACUAGAAAGUUUUCCAAUCUCUUCACUCGAUCGUAUCGUUCUACUGCUGUAAACAUGUCUGAUGAUGUGGAAUACCGCUGUUUUAUUGGUGGGUUAUCAUGGUCAACAUCUGAUAGAGCUCUAAAAGAUGCAUUUUCAAAGUUUGGGCAUCUUCUUGAUGCAAAGGUGGUUGUAGACAAGGAAUCCGGACGUUCACGAGGAUUUGGUUUUGUGACUUUUGAUGAAAAGCAAGCAAUGGAAGAUGCAAUUGAAGCAAUGAAUGGAAUGGAUUUGGAUGGAAGGAACAUCACAGUAGACAAAGCUCAACCUCAAGGUGGUUCAGGCAGGGAUUAUGGUGGUGGUGGUGACCGUGAUCGUGGGCGUGACCGCGGCCGUGACCGCGAUGGAGGCGGCCGUCGUGGCGGCGGAGGUGGUGGCGGUGGUGGUGGUGGAGAUUGCUUCAAGUGUGGUAAACCUGGACAUUUUGCUAGGGAAUGUCCAAGUGAAGGCGAUAGAGGUGGCGGUAGGUAUGGCGGCAGGGAUGACCGUUAUGGCGGUGGACGUGGCGGAGGUGGCGGCGGUGGUGGUGGUCGUUAUGGUCCUGACAGGAAUGGAGAUCGUAAUAACGGACGCAGUAGGAAUGGCGGCGGAGGUGGCGGUGGCGGCAGUGAUCGGUAUGGCCAUUCUGAUGAAGAUGGUGGAUCUAAAAAAGAUGAAAAUGGUGGUGGUUUUUGUUUCUGAAAGAUGUCUCGUUUUAAUUCGUACAAUGUAGUAAUGAAUCAAAAUCAAACUUUUGAAAGUUUUCACAACUUGGGACUCGACUACUUCUAUGUUGGAUUGGUUCGGUGUGUUCUAAAAUGCUGCUCUCUUUCUCUACUUUCUUGCAUAAGUGAUUAAUGAUGAAUGAUGAAUGAUGAUCUCUAUACACAAACAAAUUACUUUUGGGUUCUUUUGGUGACAAAAUGGAGGCUGUGUUCAGUGUUGUGGCUAAAUAUAUGUGGGUACAUGAUAUGUUGAUAGUUUGGUUGUGAUUAAACAUGAUAAAAUUGGGAAUGGUUUUUGAGCACAAGCAGCUUAUCUGCAAAUCAAAUAAUUGAUCAUCAAAAAGGGGGAGAUUGAGAUUGUUGAUGGCAUCUGGCUUUGGCUUUGUUUUGGGAAGAUGGUUCUUGUUGUCCUUAUUUUGCCUUGCCUUGCCUUGCUGAGUGUGUGCUAAUUCCUUCCUUGUGUGCUCAUUGUUCUUGUUUUUCCUCGUGACACUUCUGCCCUUGAAUAUCGUUUUUUGGUGGAUGCUGAUGCUUUUUUCGAGUCGUGUAUCGUGGAAGAACAUAUCUAUCGUUCUAGAAAAGUUAUUUUUUCAGCAACCCCUGAGCUGAGCUGGCCCACGUCUCUCUGUCCCAUUCUCACUCACAGAAACAUCAUGUGAGAUGUAAAGCAGGUACAUACAGUGCCCAAUAAGGAGCCCAAUUCACAUUGAAUUAAAGCUCUGAUAUAAUUCAAAUUGCGGCUACCGAGACUCGAACCCUUGACCUUUUUCUGCAAGUAUGCCGUUUGAAACUUGUUACUUGAGUGCCUAAUCUGCUACUACUUGGUAUCCGAUCUUUUCUUUUGUUUGCGCCCUGCUGCCUUUAUUGAUUUUUUUUUUCUUAUGUGAAUUGAUCUUACAGCUUGAUGAGUUGUGUCCUCAAGGACAUGAUGUAUUUUACUAUUUAUAAUUCUGUUUUUGCAUGAUUUAGGUUGAAGCUUACAUGGUCAUUUAUUGCUAUUUUUCAUGAGAUGGUAGUAACUAAAUAAUGUAUACAAUUAAUUUUACAGCAUCCUUCUACUUCGUUGAAUUUUCCCUUGCACUGAUGGAGUUUAAGUAGUCUGUUUUUUUGUUUGUUAUGGUUUAUAAAUAUGGUGGCACAUUAAAAACAUGGAUAAACAUGGAUGCGGUGGGAAAUGUGAAUAUACCCUUAAGGGUAUAAUGUAUACAAUUAUGAUGAGUUUGGG